GAAGCAUCAUCAGAAGUGCUGUGUGAACCAUCUUUCCAAUAAAAUGGAUUUCGAAGACAAGAAAGAAAAUAUUCAACCAUUGAAAGAAGGGCGAAAUGUCGAGCAGCUGGAGCAGGCCUUCGAACCAAUAGAAAACUGGGAAAAGAGACGAAGAUUGCUAGAAGAAGAGGUCGAAAAGUAUGUCGGUGACGAUCCGCUUCAGCAAUGGUACGAGUACAUAUUUUGGAUAGAGCAGACUAACGUUAGUAGCGGCAAGCCGAUGAUCCUGGAAGAUGCCGUUCGGCGAUGUGUACAAAAGUUCGAAAAUGAUCCACGCUACAUGCAAGAUCAGCGGUUUAUCAAACUAUGUAUCAAAUAUAUUGACACCCAGCCGUCUCCCGUUGAGCUGUACAAUGAACUCUACAAUCGAGGCGUCGGAAGUCUUUGCUCGGAGCUGUACAUUGCCUGGGCAUACUAUUAUGAUGCGGUGGAUAAUUUCGCUAAAACGGAGGAAGUCUUUCAGAAAGGACUCCGGGCAGGCGCCGAGCCGAAGGCGGACUUAGAACAGGCGCACAAAAUGUUUGGCUUUUCGAUGUCGCAACGUUUGUUGUACAAAGAUGAGUGUAGCCAGAUGAAAUUUCAAUCAACCCUGGAUGAACGCCGAAAUGCACUCACUUCGUUAAGGGCGUCUGGAAGGAAAAAUGUAGGAAGCGUUCGUACCGGGCUGGCAGUGAAAAGCUAUCGUCCUGGUGUGGUGAAACAGGAAAAUACGCCGAUCAAUGGCCACCCGAGCAAUGCGCCCGCCAACGCGAUUAUUUUUUCGGACGAACCAGGAGGCAGCUCGGAGACGGUAAACUCAAUUGUGCGCCCCUUUUCCAGCGUGCACGAUCAGGCGGAAAACAUCAUCGAAUCAGCCCGCUUAGCAACGACCCAGGGAGCGCACAAAAAGUCUGUCCUCUUUCCUAAACACCUUGCACCAUCGUUUGAUAUUCCGUUGGACGAAGAGCCGCCCUGUCAACCGCUCCCGAUAUUGGUGGAAAAUUAUUCCCGCGGGCUACAGCUCCCGCCAAGUUUCUGUCGUAGGAACAAACCACAAACUCCGUUUGUAGUGAGCAUUUGCCAGGGUGACCCAAAGGAACGAGCGAUUCCGAUGUAUGACAAAAUCAGACUGUAUUGUCGCGCAAACGGACAGCCCGGAGAUGAGAAGACAGAAUACUCACCCGAGGAACUUCGUGCCUAUCGAUAUUUCGAUCAGAACGGGAUUGACAAUAAGUUCACGCAAAAACACGCAUCCGUCUGGGGCCGAGGAUAUGACGUUGGCAUUCGUUUGCACCCGCUGCAUGUGCGUGAGACCAAAGCGCAAGAGUCGGUGGCAGAGGGCAAACACAUUCGCCCACCACUCGAGGAGCAUGGUAUUAGCUUUCAAACAAAGAUCAAGGAAAUGUAUGCCGAUCCGGUGGAAGAAAAAUCGACCGAGGAACUACUGGUGGCAAAGUGGCUUGAAGGAAAAAUCAAACGAUGCGUUGACAAGCGUUAUCAGGACGACGUAGAUCCCGUCGACAUGGAAGAGACACAAGUGGAGUCGAAACGCAUUUCCAUGGGAGGUGCACGUUUCAGCAUAGCACCAACAAUUGGAGUAGAAGGUACGGCCGUUCGGGCUCAGAUGCGUCAGCGUAGAUCAAUUUUCCCAACCAAUGCGCCACCGUUGGUAUCGUUAAUCGCGGAAGAAACCGAGGAAGAUAUGUGCAAUCGUAGUUCCGCCAUUCCCGAAAAAUCAAUUGUCAAAGAACGAGCGCCAUCAGGAGAUGUAGAGCCUAUUGUAGCUGGCAGUAGUGGAACAGUCUCCCGGAAACGCCUUUCGAAUGAUUUUCUUCAGCAGGCCACCAGUAAAAAGGAAGACACAAAACCGACUCCGCUUAAGGGCGUACUCGACCAUGGCGAGGCCAACUGGUGCGAACCUUCACCCCCCGCGGUAGUGGUGCCGGAGAAGGUUCAAAUAUUUGUCGACGAUAGCGACGAAAACGACGAGCGGGAAGAACUGAUGUUCCCGAAACCUGGUACGGUUGCGUCCGGUGAACAGCCGUACUACCCGAACGACACCUGCUCUACGCAGAUGUUUAAUAUGUUCGUUAAAAAUAUUAGUACACCUGUUGGUCCGAUUCGCAAACAUCAAACACCGCUUGUCUCUACUGCCGCAACGGCGGGCACGACCAAGCGGUUGGUUGUAUUUAGCGAUGAUGAAAAUAACACCGCAGACCAUGCUGGUAGAUCGGAGACUAAACAACAACAGAAAGAUUGUAGGCUAUCCGGUGAGGGGUUGAGUGUGCCCGCGUCCGAAGCGAAGAUAAACGAUGAAAAUGCCGUCCCAACGGUGGAUAGUUCAACUCCACCGUCUACCUCAACGUCGAGCUCUUCGGCUUGCAAUAGUACGCAAAGUCACAAGCAACUUUCUACGAUCAUGGAGCGGACGGAAACAAGCACUACUUCAGCUUCAGCAAUCACCAAGUCUUCCGUUGACUCACAGCCUCUGUCCCCAGAAACAAAUUUCGCCAAUGUUGAAGAGGAAACGAACUUACCGGGGACCAGAUCGUUAUCGGUUCAGGCACCCAAAGAAGCAUGUUUCAAGCUGCCACUUCCGUGCGACGAGCCCAAAGGAUUCGGCAUCCACAUUGAUAGCACCGAAACGAUGGCAAACAUACCGUUACUGCUGAAACGUGAUCUUCCCCCGGUGCAAAUAGUUGCCGAUGAUAAGGAAAAUGAAUGUGUUUUGCGUGGAACUGCCAUCCACGCCAACGACGGAAAAAUAGUAAGCGGUGCUGCUAGUGGUGGUGGAGGGGGAGCUUUCCACCUUCCAGAAGAUCCAACUUUUACUGGCAUGGGUGGUAUGAUGAUCGCUGGGCAGCGAAAUCUUUCCCAGAUGAUUCAGCGCGAGAUGGAUGCAAACUCUAUCAUGUCGUUUCGCAUGACCACGGAACGAACGAACACGGUUCCUCUGCCACUAAUGAAGCCACAGUACACAAUUCCGGAAGUAAGCGCGAAUCGUAGCCCACCGUCCGGCUCUUCGAUCGGUAGCAGUGUCGUAGGCGAAAGUACUGUCACCAUGGGAUCCACUAAGAGCGGCAACCAAACGCUACCGGAAACCCUAAAGACAACAAAUGUAGAGAUACCGAAGAAAAAAAACUCCUUGCUCGAGCAGCUGGAUGCCACAUUUUCACCGAAGGCACAGACAGGCAGAACAAGCUCGCAAGGGGAAAGGGAUUCCGGUGCGGAUGAUAAAGAAAACUCGUUCAACCUUACCGACCUGAUGAAACCACCGGUGAAGAUUACUGCCGCCGGUUUGAACCAAGAUCUACCCACUCUGGAGCCGCUGCCCGUCCCCGAGACUGAUCUUUCACUUCUUCCAGUGGCGAUAAAGAUGGAAAAGUCACUCAUGCUAGAUGCGAGUCUAGAUUUGCCCAAAUUUACUAUGCCCACAACAAGCAGCGUUCUCGCGCCGACAGAUGCUAUGAAGCCAUCGGAAAACAAGGAGGCCCCCACUUGUAGCAACAACGUGGCAAAGGUAGUUCUGGAUGAAUUUCCUUCACCCGGUGGAAACGUACGCGGCUCGCUUGACGAUAUCAAUACGGCUGUUUUUUCGUUGAACAUAAAUCACGCCAUCAAUUCGACCGUUAUCCCAGACGGGUUCAAAACACCGCGCAAGCAUUCUCCUAACCCCAAUGCCGCUAACAAACCUUUUCCCACUUUCACAAUCACAUCAGUGCAGGGUGGUGUUACUAACCACCCGAGUCUGCUAAUGCCUCCGGCAAGGGAAGUGAUCGAUUUGUCGGAAGUUACGGUAAACGCGGUGGGCACGCUGCCCCUUGCCAGGCCGUCCACCGUUCUGCAAAAGGAAGUAGGCCCUCGUUUGUCCCCGUUUGAUGAUGCGUAUGACGGGGAUACAUCGAUCUACCAUCCCCGACCCGUCAUUGUCCAGGACGACGAACGGUGGGAGGAAAUCGACGAACACUUCGACCCACAGCUGAACAACGAGUAUAAGCCUAAGCCGGUCGAUCUGGAAAGCACAAUGCAGCACAUUGAUGUGUGCACCAAUGCCGACGAGGUUGAUCCUUUCGACAGGCAACUGAACGAGGCAUUCUUGGUUCGAUUGGAUUUUAUGAGCUACAUUGCGGACCUUCCCAACUGCACGCUGAUGAACAAGUUGCAGCCUCUGAAAAAGGGAACGCAGUUGAAGGUGCGUGCGGGCGGGGACGCAUAUGAGGUACAGCAAAAGAUUGGCAAAGGAGCAUACGGGACGGUUUUCUGCGGAAUACUUGCGUCGACGGGACAAAAAGUGGCACUGAAACAGGAGCGUCCGGCGAACCUUUGGGAAUACUACAUCCUCCUAGAAGUUCGAAGUCGGCUAACGAAUCCAGAUAUACUUCCAGGGUUCAUGUCUAUUGAUCACGCAUACGUUGGCAAUAAUGCGAGCAUUUUCGUUUCCGGGUACUCACCCUACGGUAACAUUGUGGACGUGUGCAAUCAGAUCAACGAGGUGACCAAACGCAACGUCGACGAAUUCAUCGCCAUGAUUAUCACGGCGCAAAUACUUUCGAUCGUCGACCAUCUGCACAGUUGCCAGAUUAUUCAUGCCGACAUAAAGCCGGACAAUUUUCUGCUCAUAUCACCCAUCGAUUUGAAUGCCAAACAGCCGUGCGUACAGUUGAUCGACUUCGGCGAGAGCAUCGAUAUGCAACUGUUUGAAAAGGAUGUGAAGUUCAAGAGGGUGAUCACCACCGACGGGUUUACGUGCGUCGAAAUGAGAGAAGGACGUCCCUGGACCUACCAGCCAGAUCUGUUCGGCGUGGCGGCAACCAGCCACGUGAUGCUGUUCGGCAAAUACAUGCAGGUGCAGAAGAACAUCGUCAGCUGGGGCAUCAAGACGACGAUGCCACGCUACUUCAAGAAGACUGUCUGGGAGAACUAUUUCACUACGCUGCUGAACAUACGAGAUUGCGACCAUCUACCGAAUUUGCAGAACUUGCGUACCGCGUUCUUGCAGGAGAUAGCACUGCACGAGAAAUAUAUUCGCAGCAAGGUGGCCGACUUCAACCAGGCGCUCAACUCCAGCAAAUGAGUCUGUACUGUAAGAUGGAUAAGGAAUUAUAAGGAACAAUGAAUUAAACAAUAUUAUAUCAUAUUCAUGCAUAGAACAUUAUAGCAUCUUAUUAAUGGU